GUGAUCGUCAGAGCCUCAUGGAGAAAAGCCUUUUAACUACUGACACUUCAGCGAUAUGCCUACGCUACAUAGACGUAGGAGUCAAAAUCUCUCUUCAUAGGAAGCUGUCAAAAAAUGAAAGGAAAGGCAUUAUCCCUUCUCCCAGUUACUAACAGAGCAAGCUGUACACUCAACUUGAAACGUGUAAUGAAGGAGGAGUUUACCUUGAGAAGGUGCCAUCUUGAAAAGGAACAUAGAAAUGCACUGCUGUUACUUCUUAAGUUAUCGAUCAGUGCAGAGUUUGAGAAAGGAUCAGGAAAGAAGGUCCUCAGGUUACAAUGUGAAGAGAACUAUCUGAAGCAAUUUCACUAUUCUGCAGAUUUCCAAAAGAAAAUGAUGGAAGAGUAUUUACCAGCAAUGCAAACAACCCUGGAGCCAGUCAAUCUGUUGGACAAUGCCUAUUCCAGCUCCCUAGAUAACAAGAAGCCUGAUAACACACCUGAAAUGAAGGACUGCUCAAACAUCUGUUGUACUGGAGAUGAUGCAGGUACCUUGGAAAGGGAAUCUAAAUUGUUCCCCUCGAACCAUGAUUCAACAGCUGUUGACGCAUGCAGCGAUGGGACCCUAGCAGAAAGACAGGAGCAGCAGUGUAUACCUGAUCACGGUGGAGGUGGGGACUGCUGUGCCAAUACCUGCUUUGAAAGAAAGGUAGAAGGCCCGACGGAAACAGGGCCUUGUCCUAGUGGAGAACUUGAGCGACAAGAUCCAGAAUCUAAUCAGACAGAUCAAUCCCUAAUGGAAAUAUUACAGGAGCUAAGAGAGGAGUCUGACUUUAUGAAAAAAUCUAUCGAUAAAAUCUAUUCAGAAAGCCCUUACGACACAGACUGCACGAAGAAACUUAUUUCCACAAUACAUCAGACUUCCUCACAGGAGGAUUUGCUAGAAGAAAUAGAAUCUGAACUUUUAUCCACGGACUUUUCAAAAGAACGCAAAUUCCCAAACGGCGUGAGGAAGGGUGAACAUGCCUUGGCUGUGUUUGAAAAGUGUGUGCAAGAUAAAUACUUGGAGCAGGAGCAAACUAUAAAGAAAUUGAUUAAAGAAAAUAAAAAACAUCAGGAACUGAUUUUGGAAAUCUGCUCAGAAAAGGACAACUUAAAAGAUGAAUUGAAAAAACGAACAGAAACGGAAAAGCAGCACCUCAACAUUAUUAAACAGCUAGAAGCAAGAAUAGAAGAGCUUAAUAAAGAAGUGAAAACUAGUAAAGACAAACUUCUAACCCAAGAUGCAGCAGCCAAAAAUGCUAUUCAGCAGUUGCAUAAAGAGAUGGCAUUUCGAAUGGACCAGGCAAACAAGAAAUGUGAAGAAGCACGCCAUGAAAAGGAAACAAUGGUGAUGAAGUAUGUCCGAGGGGAGAAGGAAUCGCUUGACCUCCGGAAGGAAAAGGAGAUACUUGAGAGAAGGAUGAGAGAUGCAAACAAAGAAAUUGAAAAGCAUACGAAUAAAAUCAAGCAGCUUUCUCAGGAAAAAGGAAGAUUGCACCAGCUCUAUGAAACCAAGGAUGGUGAAGCCACUCGACUGAACAGAGAAAUAGAAAAACUGAAAGAAGAAAUCAGUUCUCAUGUUAUCAAAGUAAAAUGGGCUCAGAACAAAUUGAAAACAGAAAUGGAUUCACACAAGGAAACCAAGGAUCGCCUCAAAGAUGCAACAACAAAAUUAACUCAAGCAAAAGAAGAAGCAGACCAGAUAAGGAAAAACUGUCAAGAAAUGAUAAAAACCUAUCAAGAGUCAGAAGAAAUGAAAUCAAAUGAAUUGGAUGCAAAGCUGCGAACAACAAAAGGAGAACUAGAGAAACAGAUGCAGGAGAAGUCUGACCACCUGGAGGUGCAUCAUGCAAAAAUAAAAGAACUGGAAGACCUGAAGAGAACGUUUAAAGAGGGCAUGGAUGAACUUCGAACGCUAAGAACGAAGGUAAAGUGUUUAGAGGAUGAACGUUUGAGAACAGAAGAUGAAUUAUCCAAGUAUAAAGAAAUCAUUAACAGACAGAAAACUGAAAUUCAGAAUUUGCUGGACAGAGUCAAAAUUGUAGACUGUCUGCAGGAUCAACAUCAGAGAGAUGAACAAGACAUAAGUGCUUUAAAGGAAGAAGUAGAGGGUCUCAAUUCUCUAAUUGCUGAUCUCCAAAAGGACAUUGAAGGUAGUCGGAAAAGAGAGUCUGAGCUAUUGAUAUUCACUGAAAAAUUAACCAGUAAGAAUGCCCAGCUUCAGUCUGAAAACAAUUCCUUACAGAGCCAGUUGGAUAAGCUCUCUUACAGCGAAAGAGAGCUGCAGAAUCAGUUGGAACGUGUUCGACAGACUAAGGGUGAUUUGGCCACCAAGCUGCAGAAGGAGGAGGACCUGCGAAAGCUAGAGGUUGAGACACUACAGGCUCAGCUGGCUUCAGAGCAGAAAGAACUAACAUUGAGGAAGACCCAUGUGGAUGAACUGAAAGACGAACUAGCUACCCAGAAGCGCAAACAUGCAGCAAAUCUGAAAGAUCUCACCAAACAACUUCAGCUAGCACGGAAGAAAUUGGAUCAGAUGGAAAAUGGUAAUUAUGACAAAGAAGUCAGCAGCAUGGGGAGCCGUUCCAGUUCAUCAGGUUCCCUUAAUGCUCGCAGCAGCAAUGAGGAUCGGUCGCCUGAGAAUACUGGAUCUUCAGUAGCUGUAGAUAGCUUCCCGGAAGUGGACAAGUCUGUCUUGAUUGAAAGAAUAGUAAGACUACAGAAGGCACAUGCUCGAAAAAAUGAAAAGAUGGAGUUCAUGGAGGAUCACAUUAAACAACUAGUGGAGGAAAUCAGGAAAAAAACUAAAAUUAUUCAGAGUUACAUUUUACGGGAAGAAGCUGGAACACUUUCCUCAGAGGCCUCUGACUUCAACAAAGUACACUUGAGUAGGCGGGGUGGCAUUAUGGCAUCUCUGUAUACCUCUCAUCCCGCAGAUAGCGGUCUCACAUUAGAACUCUCCUUGGAGAUAAACAGGAAGUUGCAGGCUGUGUUAGAAGAUACUUUAUUGAAGAACAUUACACUAAAAGAGAACCUUCAAACUCUAGGAACAGAAAUAGAACGGCUUACUAAACACCAGCAUCAACUGGAAAGGAGAAUGAAGCCAACGUAACUAACACUCUUAUGGAAUAGCCAACAUGAAGAUGCAGAAAAGGCAGGUGCUACAGACCAUUGGGUUUUCUUUUUUAAAGUUUUCCUGAAAUAUGAUCACCUGCUAGCACAAGCAUCCAGUACUUCACAUAUACAGCCUUUAACUAUAUAGGCUGUCCUUCUUCAUAUGAGAGAAAGUCUACAGGGUUUGGCAUCAGCAUGGUUCCAUCUACCCAGUACCAGCCUGAGAAGUUGCUCAAUUUUGUUACACACUACGAUGAGAUAACAGUUUUAUUUGAAAUGACAUACAGGUGAUUUGCAGUGCAUACUGUGUUUUGAGUGAGUUGCAGUGAGAUUUUAAUUUCUGCACUGUAUAAUUAAUCACAUUUUUAAAUGAUGGAGCUUGGAGAAAUAAAGCUGAUUAUUUUUUAGUUGCUAUUGAACAUAUCCAGUGUUCCUGAGUUUUAAGGGCUUUCAGACAUUACUUCCUCUCUUGCAUAUUAUUUCUGAUAUUUAGUUUGAUUAAGCAUUUUUGACAUGCAUGGAAAAAUGCUUUGUCACAAAAUUUGUUUUUUUAAGUGAUGACUACGGUAUUUUUUACUUUGGGUUAACAUUCAGCUUGGUAGUUUCUGUAUUUAAAAGAAAGGAAACAACAUUAAAAACAAGGUCCAGAAACUUGCUGGUUCAGUUGUUGAGUAUAUGAAACAAGCGUCAACUCAACAAAUGCUAUAAACCCCUGAUCUUUACGCAUCUGAAUCUAAAGAAUUCUGAUCCCAGGUAAUUGGUUACUGAAGUUCUCUGACUUUCUGCAUUAACCAGUAGCACUUAAACAGUAGGAGUGUAAAUUGCCCGCUGUUGCAUAUGUACAGCGAGACCUCCUGAUUCAUUCUUUUUUCAAAAUUUAAGCCUACUGAAUUUUCUCAUGGAUAGACUAUGGAUAGACCCGCCAGUGACAGCGACAGUAAGAAAGGGGAAAUGUAUUUAAGUGGGUUUGCAGUCUAUCGGUUGGACUAUAAAAGUGGCACAGAAGUCUGUGAGACUCUCUAAUUUUCCUGUUGUGAAGGAGACCGUCAAAAUGGCACGAACUCAGAACUGAUACUUAAUCCUUCAGUGACUGAGAGGGUGAUGGAGGAAGAAUAUCAAGGUGACAAGAUUCUAGUUUGUUACAAUGUUAUUUUCACAUUUUAAUUCCAGGAUAUUUACAGGAACUGAAAUGUCUUUAUUCCAGCAGUAAAUGCAUAGCUUUAUGUAUUUAUUGCCUUUCGACCAAAACUUAUAGUUCAGAGCCAGACCAGGUCACAGUGUGAAUAUAUAUUGUCUUUUUAUUCAAUAUUUGCACUUCCUAUUACCAUGAAAAAAUAUUUAGUAUUCACUUAAAAUAGUAAUGCUUUAGCUAUUUUAAUUAGAAAGGACACUUGAACAAAUUUUUCUUUUGUCUUAUCCUAGUUGCCAUUUGCAUCAUAUAUAAAAACAAGAGGCCUGAAUGCUGUAGCACAAGGGAGAAAAACCUAUUAAAGCACCUAGAUGACUUAGCUGUGUGUGCUCCAUUUUUAGGUGGCACUGAGUCACUUGAGUAGUUUGGGGUUUUCUAAUGAACUGAAUUGAACGUAAGGGCCUAAUUUGGUUCCAAUGAGUAGUUUAGUGCAAGACAGGGAGACUUCCUUUUUACUUUAAAGACAGGCGUCUUUCUUUGAAGGUGUUUGCAAGGUUAAGGCCUAGGAAGCUGUCCAGAGAGCCUCUGGAGUCUUGAAUAGCCAGUCCUUUUAGUAUAAGCAGAUUAAGUAUUUGUUGAAAAAGGGAGGGUAAAAACAAGUAAUUUAAAACUUAGGAACUGAGACCCUUUAACCUGAGUGAGUUUUUAUACUCUUUUUUUUUUUUUUUACAAACUCCUAAGAGCAACAGUUACGCAGAGUGUUAGGGAAUUUUGACUCGUCCAGUCAUGAGAUUCCUUCUGCUUUACUGUUGUGUAAGUGGUGUGGAGAGGAAAAUUCCUGGUUCUGCUGAAACAGAUUUGUCACCAUCUUCCAGAAAGCUGAGAGUUCACCUUGAGCAAAGAGGCAGUUGUUCCUGACUGAACUAGACUUGCGGAAAGAACGAAUUCUAGGAAGAACAAUUCGCGUGUCAGAGCAGAGCUUAGCUUUUAUACGUUUGUGUUUUCGUGCUUUAAUGUACCAGCUCUCUGGAUAUUUUCAGGCAUUCAGCUGAAUGACUCCAGUAUUUUAGAUGCCAUGUUUAUAUUGUAACCAUAUAAUGUUCUUCACGUGUACAAUGUGAAUGAAGGAGAGGUGUGAUGCAGAUGGAAUAAGUGCAAUGAUAUUGUGGGAAUUUUUACUACUUUUUGGCAUGGUUUUCCUUUUAAGUUAUUUGAGAAACCUAGUUAGUUGUCCUCCUGCCCUACUGAAAAUGUUGCUUCCUCUCUGUAACGCUAGGUAACUUUUCAGACUUUUUUCUUGGUUAUGGAGACACACAAAGCAGCCCGAAGAAGUCACUGUUUAUUGCAUACUGUAUUUAUAUGGACCAAGGUUUUCUUCUAGAUGCUUCAUCUUGAACACACCUGUUGAAGAUGGAAAUUUCAUUCUAGUUUGCACACUGGCAAAUGGCUAGAGUAAGCUCAGAAAUUUGAGCACGUGACGGGGUCAGUUAGCAACUUUGCUUAGCCGUGUUGCUCAUUCCUGAGAGGGAAUGCUGUAUUAUCCAUAUAAAUGUUGCUGCCAAGCCACCUGCCUUUUUCCAUGGGCUAGAUUAAGUGUCAGGAAUCUAAUAUUGUUGGUGUAUGUAGCAAGGAUACUUUCUGUGGAAAGCUGUGUAAUGGAGAACAGGCUACUGUGUUUCUGAGGGAUGGUUUUAGAGUGGAUGCAAGGCUUGUGCAGCAAUCUCAUUUCACUUGCCCUUAUUUUGGAAACUUCUUAUCAUUAUGUUAUGACUAUUAGAUUGAAAAUUGUCCUCAGAUAAACUAGUAUUUUAAAAACAGCCUGGAGCAGUUAGCUACCUAUGUGCCACUGAAAUUCAGUGUCCAUUAGAUAACUAAUUGCCACAGGCCUUUUUUUGAAAAUGCCGAGCUUGUAGCUAGUUGUAUCCUACAGGCAGGUAUCCUAUGUCUGUUUCUUAAAUCCUCAGGGUGCUCUUUUUAAUGCAAACAUCCCACAUCCUGAUGUUCUUAGAGGCCCUACGGAAAAGCUACCAAUGCUUUUCCACCCUCUGUAAAAUCCAGCACUGAAGUUGUCUUAAGCCAGACCUUCUUAACUGAAGGGUACCAUUUUGUGCCAUAAAAAUUACUAGUUUUCUGCCACAUAAACUUGUGCAAUAUUUUUCAUUUCCCAAAAGCAGUGGGGAUCAGCUUAUGCUUGUCAGAGAUGUUCUCAUCAUCUUCAUCUGUUCUUGGCAACACCUGCAAUAAUCUCUAACUGUUAAAACAUGUUUUAAAUUACUUUUUCUGAAAAAUCUUCAUUUAAAAUAUUUAGUUUAUUACUAGAAAAAUCAGAUCUCUGGCUCCCACUGAAUUGAGUUUAAAGCAGAGUGCUGGUAUGCUACAGAGAGCUGGGAUCAAGUCCCAGCGGUCCAGAGAACAAGGCCUGGUGCAUCCUGUAGGAAUGUCAUGUAACUCUUAGCUAAACAACUGUAAUGAUAAACAUUAACAGUAGGUGGCACUAGGAGUCCGGUUUACCAUGCCUCCAAAACAACCUGAAACCUUUCAAAAGGCAAAUUGCUGAGUUACAGAGGGAGGAGGGUGGUAUCUAGAGCUUUUUUCAAGGUGGAUGGGUUUCCUUUACUUCCUGCUUUUGUGUUCUGACAGUGAAACUAUGUUGACUCUUCCAAAUAUAUGUAUGUAUGUUGUCUGAAUAUAUGCAAACGUCUAUUAAUUAAUUUUGUAGAUACUUGUUCCUGUAUAAAGUUUUGGAAGACAUCACUAUACAUUAUGUAUAUAUUGUACUUUGAAAUAAUAAACAUAAAA